AGUCCCUCUUUCUCAAAAAAAAAAAAGUCUCAAUUUAGUCCCUCUUUAAGCUAGAAGACAUGAAGCUUGUUUGGUGUCCGGACAUGGCUUCAAAAGCUUAUAUAGACACCGUUAAAUCAUGUCAAAAUUUCAAUGAACCGGGCGUACCGGAGCUGCUGUCGGCGAUGGCUGCCGGCUGGAAUUCGAAGCUGAUUGUGGAGACUUGGUUACACGGUGGCCCGAUAGCAACAAGUGUUGGUCUCGCAGUGGCUGCCAGUCACACGGGUGGCAGACAUGUGUGCAUUGUUCCCGAUGAACAGUCGAGAUCGGGAUACAUCCAGGCCAUGAGAGAGCUGGCAGGAAUCUCGCCCAUGAAUGUGGACCCACGGACAGGACAACUUCUUGGAACUGGUCGCAAGGUGGGGCAUUUGUUUGAGCUCAACUAUCUGCAUAUUUCUGAUAAUAAAAUGGAUACACCAUCAUUUCCAAAUGAUCGAUUCAUCCAAACCCUGCUUUGUGCUAUUGAAUUAGAGUCUUUGCAAAUUCCAUAUCAACAAAUCCUCCAAGUCUGUGCUGCUACUAACAUUUCUCCUCUCCAUUUGUGGCACUCACGACUCGGACAUACCUCUGUCGGUAAACUUCGUCCACUUAUCUCUCGUGGUUUAUUAGGAUCAAUUCCGAAUGAAUCUGUGCAUUGUGUGUCAUGCCAAUAUGCAAAACAACCAGCUUUAUCUUUUUCAAGUAGUCCUUCUCAUUCUACUGCUCCUUUUGAUCUUGUGCAUUCUGAUUAUCAUUGUUUUCCUGCUAUUACUUCGUUACAUGAGCCUCAAUCUUAUCAAGAGGCCUCUUCUAACCCUCUUUGGCAACAAGCUAUGCAAGAUGAAUUACAAGCUCUUGAGAACACUCGUACAUGGGAUUUAGUUGAUCUUCCUACUGAAAAAUCUCUAAUAGGCUGUAAAUGGGUGUACAGGAUCAAAACGCGAUCUGAUGGUUCUGUGGAGCGUUAUAAGGCACGCUUGGUUGCCAAGGGUUUUACACAGGAGUAUGGAAUCAACUAUGAAGAGACAUUUGCUCCAAUUGCUCAUCUUACAUCUGUGCACAAAGAAGAAGUUUAUACGAAACCACCUACUGGGCUCCACCAUCCUCCAAACAAGUUUAGUGCUACUGUGAUUGAGUUUGGUUUUACUUCCAGUCCACAUGAUACAGCUUUGUUCAUUCGUAAGAUUGCUCGGGGUAUGGUUCUUUUACUUCUUUAUGUUGAUGACAUGAUUAUUACUGGAGAUGAUGUCGCAGUUUCUAACACAAGCGUUGAUUUCCUGGUGGUGGAUUCAAAGUGUGAGGAUUUUGCCAGUGUUUUGAGGCGCGCGAGGUUGAGUGACGACGGAGCGGUUUUGGCAUGCAAAAAUGCAUGCAACAGGAGAUGUUCUGGGUUUCGGUGGAAUUGGGUGCUUGAUAGAGGGACGCAUGUCGCGAGAUCGAUGUUCUUGCCCGUGGGGAAAGGAUUAGAUAUUGCUCAUGUGGAUGCUAAUGGUGGGGAUUCGAUCGCCAAGAAGGGGCCUGGCCGUUGGAUAAGGCACAUCGACCAAAGAUCGGGAGAGGAGCAUAUCUUUCGCGUUUAAGGCAUUUUUUUACCGUAGGGAACUACCCUCCUUGAACUUUAUGUUUUGGAAUUGAGUUUCAGUAUUUCUGGACUUUAUUUUAGACACUUUUGGAUUUUCUUUUGUCUGGUUUGGAGUUUGUCCUGUAUAGACAAAGCAAACUUGGUUUUAUGUAGUUUCAAUAUGGUUUAAGCGGAAAUUAAAGUGUUAUAUGUGCAUUUUAGUUGAGUUUUCCUAUAUAAAAUAUGAUAAAGUUUGGGGUAUGCUUGGCCUGGAGUUUUCCAGUAUGUCCUUUUUUUUUUCUGUAUGAAGUUGCAGUUUCAGAAUUUCAGUAUAUUAAAGGUUUCUUUCCCCUUGUUUUCCUUUGUCAUUUUGGUAGAGUUUCCCUUGCCUUUGUAUGUUUCCCCCUGUUUUCCAAUAAUAUGUUCUGUAUCAAAAUGACAAUAGACAUAAUUUUCAUUG